GGAGAUCAUGACGUCGAUGAAGACGAGCCUCAUGCAGAGCGACGACGACGAAGUUGACGUCCUCGAUGCAUCUUCUCUGAUCCCCGAGACCGCAGGUAGCCCCGCAGUCGCAUCGCCUUGCAGCGACGACGACGCCGAGAUGGUCACCAUCGACGUGCGGGACCCACGGCCCAAGAAGCCCGAUGCUAUCGUCGUCAUGGAGGCCCUCAGCGGCGAGAAGGGCGACGAGCGCCAUGGCAGCCGCUUCCUACGCACGCUGCAUGCCGAGGUCACGCAUGCGACCCCUGUCGUUCAUAGCUACGGCAACGUCGAGGCCAAGCUCGCGGCGAAGCGUCGGACCCAGAACGCGCUCUUGGCCGUCGCAACGAGCCUCGGCGACGACCCAUCAACGUACGCAAUCAACGCACUGCCGCUUCCGAUCCAAGUCGCCUUCCGGGUCAAGGUACUGGGGAUCUUUACGCUCCAGCUGCUCUUGCUGUCGCUGCUGACCAUCAUCUUGACGUACUCGCCGCUGUGCGCACCGUCGCUGCAGAGCUUUGCCGACCAAGGCAGCGGCGGCGCCGUCGCGGGAAGCGUCAUCGUAUCCCUGCUGGCGCUCUUUCUCCUGUACCUCGUCAAGUACAUGUUCCCGCUCAAUUUUGUCAUGCUGGCCAUCUUUACGAGCCUCCAAGCGAUCGCGGUCACGACCUUGGGGCUCUUCUUCCGCACGCGCGCGUCGGUCUUUGCAUGCGUCUUUUGCUUCUUCGUCGUGCUCUGCAUGACGUUUCUCAGCACGCGGACGCGGAUCAAGCGCGAGGUUGACGGGCCACGCAUCGUGCUGCUCUCGACGCCGGUCGCCGCUAUGAUUGCCUACGCGCUCGUCGGUAUCGUUGCGUGCUUGAUCUACGCCGGCCAAGGCGAAGCGUUCCUCUCGGGCACCACCUUUAUCAUCACCAUGUUCUUUUCGCUUGGCGUCGUCAUGUGGUUUGCAUUCGAUGCAUCCUGCAUGUACCAGAUCAUGACGCCGGACGAGUACAUGCAAGGCGUCAUCUUCUUCUACACGGACCUCAUCUUGCUCUUCAUCUUCCUCCUCGUCAUGGGCGUCUGCGUCGCGGCCUGUGACGGCGGCGCGCCCAUUGCGUGCUUUGGCAACUGCGGAGCGAUCAUGACCGAGGUGCCCGACGACAGUGGUGACAGCCUCGAACCGCCUUGCCCUGCCCAGGCCGAUUCUACGUAAUUGCUCACCUAUACUACUCCAUGCUCGAA